AAUCACAGGCCAAAACAGAGACGUUACAGACACACAAACUCCUUCUACUUAUCCUCUCUCUUUCUGUUCAUCUGUCUGAUUUCUGUCUUAAACUCCAUCGAUCCUCUUGACUUUUUGAAGCAGCGGAGACGACAGGGAGUCACAGAGUCCAACCCUGGACAGAAGUAUCUGACUCAGUUACUCAGUGAUUUCCUCUGCUUCUCUGGGGAGUCUUCCACCUCCUCCUGGACGACCCUGAGGUGUUCCCAGAGCAGAUGGGAUGUGUAAUCCCUCCAGAGAGUCCUGGGUCGACCUCGGGGUCUCCUACCAAUUGGACGUCCCAGAAAACCUCUGAAGGAAGGCCCUCCGACAAUCGCCACCUUAAUGUGGUGGAGCGGUUUGGCAGUAGUCCCUGGUAGGGUCUCUCAAGGCAAAUUUAGUCCCAGAAAUGAUCAGCGCCCACCGGGAUCCUAUUGGCGCUCAGCUGGGGAGAGCUCCGGCUCCGCUGACAGAUAGUCCGACAAUUAUCGCAUCUGAGGAAAAACACAGGCUUUCCCGCUGCGAGCGAGAGGCGACAGCAGUGGGAGGACGACUGUCAGAUCUCUGGGAUGUGAUUAAUUCAGCUGCGAUAUGAAACCUGCUGCUGUUUGUUCUGCUGGACCGGCUCAGUGAGAGAUGAGUGCUGCUGGUGGUUGGCACUUGUUGAGUUUGGCAGCGUUGAAUGUGGUUAUUAACAGGCAGUGUCCGGUUCAGCCUCUGCGCUGAUGAAUAAGAACAGAGAGGCCUGAAAAAGUCCAAGAACGAACUUCGAUGGGAGCAGCUUUCUUGAUAUUUACUGGACAUAAAGCUGACCGCGACAUUCAUGGUCCAUGGAGGAUGAAUCCUCAUGUUUUUGGUGACUUCCUGAUCUCUCCUCUAGCCCCAAAUCAGGACAAAACUUCCACUUUUACACCCGAAAUAUUAAAGAAACACAGGCCAGAUGCUGUCAGAUUUACUGAGCACAUUCCUGCUCCUCAGAUGAUGAACCCUCGUGACUAGAUUCCCUUAGAACAGCUGAGUCGUCUGCAUAUUAGCAGCUCGACCCAGAGUUUCCCACACUCCUGACUUGACGUUGGAUUCAUUCUGCAGCAGGAAAAUGAGUCCUGCAGGUCUGAACUUCUCCAAGAUGCAGAGGACCUGAGAGGAGAUUUUACCUGACCCCAUGACCUUUCCUCUUUCUCCUCCUUCAAGUCAACCCUGAAGAGUUUUCCUUCUCUUUUCCACCAUCAGACUCAACUCAAAAAGCCUGCUGUCUGUCUGUGUCUGUGUGUCCCUGAACUGUACAUCACCUUAAACUCACUCUGGUCCUGGCAGGAGAGUCCAACAGGAAGUGCUGUCUGUUGCUGUCAGUUUGUUCUCUGCUGGGGAAUCUGCUCCACACAGGAAGAGACUAAUCGAUCCAGACUGAGGACUCAAACAACAAAAGCUGUCUCUGGACCGGCAGCGAGCCCAAAGAACCGGACUGAUCCUCAUCAUCACCUUUUCACCGCGUUGAACUUUUGAAUCUGAGACGCGUGUGCGGCGAAUGUUUGCAUGUUUCCACGACUCAGAGCCAGAAGAGUGACGGACUGAGAGACGAAGACAGAGUGACAGAGACGUGACUCAGUCUCUCUCUUUGUCAGACAGCAGGAAGAACAGAAUGACAGAGGAGGAGGAGGAGGAGGACAACAACAGCCGGAGUGAUGGAGCUCUGCACGCCGUGGGAUGGAGGAGGAGGAAGCGGCGUCUGUUGUCACCUGCUGCCAGAGUCCACCUGUCUGUCCUGAGAGGAACGCACCAGUGGUACAAAGAUCUUCAUGUGUAUCAGCUGGAACAUCCCACACAGGUGAUCGAGUGGACGUCAGGGAGGACCGUGUGCGUCGCAGGAUUCAGCCCGUCCAAAAAUGAAAUCCUGGAGCUUCGUUUGCCUCGGAAACUCUUUGCUGAUGAAAACAAGGGUCUGUGUGCAGAACGGGACUUUAAAGUCGUCCACGGUGGCUUCACAGACAGACCUGUUCGCUGCCUCAGGCACGUCCCAGGAACAAGGUGCGCUGUGACCGGCGACGGGCUGAGCUCCAACCUGCAGGUGUGGGACCUCGGAGGAGACGACAGCGAUGUGAUCAGACGAACAGGAAGCAUCGAGGGGAGGAGGAGGAGGACGGGUGUUUCAGAGGGAGGCAGCAGCAUCGCAGCUCGACCCUCGUCACCGCCACAGAUUCUUCAUGGAGCUCAGAUCAGCGACGUCCAGCUGACUGAGCUGAGCUCCGGACAGACGCUGUAUCAGCUCGAGUCGGACUCAGCAGAUCCUCUCAGCUCCCUACACUUUCUGAGCGACGCCGUUUUCCUCGCCGGCUGCUCCAACGGGAACAUUUACGUCGCCGACACUCGGACAUCAGCCGCUCCUCAGCUUUCACCACCUCCUCCUCCUCCUGUGUCUUCAGGUGAGUCUGUCCUCUGGUGGACAGAUGCCUCUGCAGGUCCAGACCCGUCCGGCUGCCGGGUUGUCAGACUUUCCUCCUCCGGACAGGCGCUGGUUUCAGACCUGAGGAACCUGGGAGGAGCCGUGAGCCGGGCUCAGCUGGACGUUCAGACGCGUCGCUGCGGCCCGGACGAUGUCAGGGUGUCGUGGGCUCCGGCGUUGGACGACUGCAUCGCAGUGUCAGGUUUCAGCGGAGCGGUUCAGAUCUACGACGCCUCAGUCUGGACGUCGGAGCUGCAGGAAGCUCGGCCGCUGUUCGAGCAUCGAGGUCACGCGGUUUCACCCGAACAGUCCGACGACGGCGUCCCUCCGAUCCUCGUCACCUCCCACGUCUGGCAUCCUGAGCGGCCGCGGACGCUGCUGUCUGCGGCCUCGGACGGCUCCGUCCACGUCUGGGACUGGGUCGACCAAUCAGCUGCCGACAAGAGAUGAAACUAAAGAAACAAUUUAGAAAACAAACGUCUCGUUUAAAUACUGAUCUAAUCAGGCGGCUGCUUCUAUAUCACAGCACAUGUUUGUAUUGUCAGACAAGGAAGCAGGAAGCUGUGAGACUAAACAUCCUUCUCUUUCCUCCUCAUAAAAUCCUUCCUACUUUUUUCAUCCAUAAUUGGGUCACUUCACAUUUUCCUGCACUGACUGACAGACGAGUUCAGCUCAGUUCAGACGGAUAUCUCCAACCAGAACUCUCUGCAUGGGUAGAUAACACGCGGCGGGGUAAGUGAUCUGAUGUGGAAAUCGGGUGACCCUUUAAAAACCCAGAUCCCUGAUAAACAUCUGUCUCUCAGCCUGGCACAUCUGUGGCACAGCGGUGCAGCAGUAACAGACUCUGUGAUUUGAAAUAAACGAAGUGAGUGAAGUGUGACCCCCGGUUCUCUGCACACAUGAGGACUCUGCACACACACUCAGAGUUUUUAGUUUCAGGUCAGUGGAGGGUUUUUUUUGAGGGGGGGGGGGGGGGUAAUUAUGACUGUCAUGUUUCCGUUUUACAGAAAUAAAACUUUCAAACGUCU